AUGGAUAAUUUUUUAAUUUAUGAAGAAAUUCAUAAACGUGAUUCUUGUAUUGUUUAUCGUGGUCGAAUAAAACGAUCAAUUGAUUUUGUUAUGAUCUAUUGUGUUGAUAAAUAUAAACGACAUGAAUUAAGUAAUCUUGUUCGAUUAAUGUAUGAACUUGAUCAUCCAAAUGUAAUGAAAUUUCGAGAAUGGUAUGAAACAACAAAUCAUCUUUGGCUCGUUAUGGAUUUAUGUGAUGGAGGUUCACUUAAAUCAAUUAUACAAGCUGAUGGAUGUUUACCAGAAACAUCUAUACGUACAAUUGGUAUUCAUAUAUGUCAAGAUCGUCCACCACUAUCAUCUCGAUUAGCUACAACAGAUCGACCAGAAUCAAAUGUAUCAUUUAGUUUAAGUUGUACAAGAACAUCUAUUCAAAUAGCUCAACAAAAUAAACCAGAUGAAAUUGAUGGUAAUAAAACACAUCGAAAUGAUUAUUCAUCUAUAAAUACACAUGAACAAUCAACAGUAUUUGGUGGUGAAACAAUUGAACGUCUUCGAAAAAUGCUUUUUACAAAAACUGAAUUACAACCAACAGCUAUUAUAGAAAAUAAAACUAUUCAAAAAACAUUACCAUUUAAAUUUGAAAAUAAAUUAUUACCAUUUCAAUUAGGAAAAUAUGAAAAUUUGAGUCGAUUGUCAUCUGUUGAUCUUCAAGAACAUGCAAGUAUGAUAAAAAAAGAAUUGUCAAAUACGACAGCUGGAUCACCAACAAAUGCAAAUGGUAUGCGUCUUAAACCACAUCUAUUGAAUUAUAUUGGAUAUACAUGUCUUGAACAAGCGAAUUCUGGUCCAUUUGCUGAUGCACUUAUUGCAAAAGAAAUUCAUAAAGAUCUUUUGAAUAUAAUUACAAAUGGUACUACAAUGGAAUUGUAA